AUGCCUCCAAAAGCUCAAGGGCCAAGCAAAAAGACUGUUGAAAAACAAAAGGCUAAAGUGAUUGAAGACAAAACGUUUGGUUUGAAAAAUAAAAAAGGAAAUAAAAAUCAAAAGUUUAUUCAACAAGUCCAAAAUCAAGUGCAAAAUGCUGGAAAAACGGCUCGAGAUCUAGCCAAAUUACAAGAGGAAAAAGAAAAGCGUAAAGAGGACAAGAAGAAAGCUGAGGACGAAUUGAAAAUCUUAUUUAAACCCACAAUAACACAACAAGUUUUGGCCAAAGGUACCGAUCCGAAAUCAGUUUUAUGUAUGUAUUUCAAACAAGGAUUAUGUAGUAAAGGCGACAAAUGUAAAUUUUCACAUGAUUUGACAAUCGAAAGAAAAGCUGAGAAGAGAAGUAUUUACGACGACCUUAGAGAGAAUGGAAAUAAAGAAAAUGAAACUAUGGAAAGUUGGGAUGACGCAAAAUUAGCGGAUGUUGUUGAAAGAAGACAUGGUGAAGAAAAUCGAAAGAAAAACGCUACACAGAUAGUUUGUAAAUAUUUUCUUGAGGCUGUUGAGAAUAACACAUAUGGAUGGUUCUGGACCUGUGGAAAUGGGCCAUCUUGUAUGUACAGACACGCGUUACCACCAGGUUAUAUGUUAAGACGUGAACGUCAACUUUUGGAUGAUCAAAAAGAAGUGAUAUCGUUAGAAGAUUUAGUUGAACGUGAACGUGCUGCAUUAGGUCCCAGUGUUACAAAAGUAACACUAGAUUCAUUUCUUGCCUGGAAAAAACGUAAAGUUGAAGAGAAAAAACAACAAUUAGUAAAAGACGAAGAAAAAAAACGAAACGAUUAUGUAAAACAUGGACGCCUACUGGGACUUAGCGGCAGAGAAAUGUUUACAUUUAAUCCAGAACUUUUACGAACUGAUGAUGACGAUGCUGACGAUGAGAUUGAUUAUAAACAUCGGACAGAUGAUGAAGACGAAGAAGACGAAGAAGAAGAAGAAGAAAAAGUGUCAGAAGCAGCUGCGAUAAAAAAAACUACAAUACGUGAUCUUAGUGAUGAUUUCUUAUCGAUGGAAGCGCGCGAAGCCGAUAAUUCUGGUACAAUUGCUACCGAUGAUCGUUUUGACCAAUUCCGAAAAAUCGAAAAAGAAAAACAAGCAAGAAGAAACAUUGCUGCUGCUCAAGUUAUUCUUGAAGAAGAAAAUAAAUUGGACCAGGCAUGUGGCGGUGGUACUGAGUCGGCGGCUUCAUUUUAUUCGAAUGGUAUGAAGGAAGAAAACGAUGAAGAUGAAGACGAUGAAGACAAUGAAGAUAACAGUCAAGAUCGUGUAAUGAAUGAUGUAGACAUUGAUGAAGAUUUAUUUGAUGAUGAUGAAGCAUUAGACGAUAUUGAACAAGAACUAGACAACCUGAGUGUGACAACUAAAAAGUCAUCAGCAUUUUCCUGA